AGAUCAUUUCCUGAAUGACUUAAGUGUGGUUAAGAUCAGCAGCAGUCUGAGAGGUAACUGACAGCCCAGACACUUGUUACUCUGCAAGUUCCUCUGUCAUUUCCUUGUGUCCUCUAGCUAUAUCGCCCAGAUCCAUCCAUUUCACCCUGUCCCAUCAUCUGGGCUGUCUGCAUACCUGCCUCACUCCCACUGCCCCCCCCCCCCAAGUGCCUCUAAGUUGAAGACAAAAGGUGCCUGUCUGAAUAUUGUAUUUAAUGGACUAGCUACAGAUCUCGACCACACUUAGUGCAGCUGUAAGGACUUCAAAUAUCUCACAAUGCGUUUAUUAAGAAGGAACUAUGGGCCGCUAAAGCUUGCUGUGGUGGGCAUAUUUUUUGUGAUUUUUGUAUUCAUUAUGCAGAAGGAUGUUGGAAGCGGCACCAAAGAUGAUCCAUGGCUAAAGAAUAUAGUUGAAAGAAAAGAUCAAGUUCUUGACAUAAUGAUGGGAGCUGUAAAUAAUUUAAGGGAUUCUAUGCCAAAACUCCAGAUUAACGCCCCCGUGCAACAAGAGGAACAAGUUGAUAACAGCAAGUCGUGCCUUCCUGGCUAUUACACCCCAGCAGAACUCAAGCCAUUUAUGGAGAGACCACCACAAGAUCCCAAUAGCCCUGGUGCUGAUGGAAAAGCAUUUAAGAAGGAUCAGUGGACCCAAGAAGAGACAAAGCAGAAAGACAAGGGCUUUGAAAAGCAUUGUUUUAAUGCUUUUGCAAGUGAAAAAGUAUCUCUUCACAGAGCCUUGGGACCUGACACAAGACCACCAGAGUGCAUUGAGCAAAAAUUCAAGCGCUGCCCACAACUUCAAUCCACUAGUGUAAUCAUUGUGUUUCAUAACGAGGCCUGGUCAACCCUGCUCCGGACAGUGUAUAGCGUUCUACAUACAUCGCCCGCAAUAUUGCUAAAAGAAAUCAUUCUUGUGGAUGAUGCUAGUGUGGAUGAUUACUUGAAGGAGCCCUUGGACAAUUAUGUGAAGUCUCUACAGAUUGUGAAAGUUGUGCGACAGGUAGAACGAAAGGGCUUAAUCACUGCACGGUUGCUGGGUGCAAGUGUUGCCACGGGAGAGGUUCUGACCUUCCUGGAUGCCCAUUGUGAAUGUUUUCAUGGCUGGUUGGAGCCUCUCUUGUCCAGAAUUGCUGAAGAUCAUACUGCUGUUGUAAGUCCAGAUAUCACAACUAUUGACUUAAACAGCUUUGAAUUUUCCAAACCAGUCCAAUAUGGCAAGCAGCACAGCCGGGGGAACUUUGAUUGGAGCCUUACAUUUGGCUGGGAACCUAUACCUGCACACGAAAAAGCAAGAAGGAAAGAUGAAACAUACCCUAUUAAGUCUCCUACUUUUGCUGGAGGUCUUUUUGCAAUCUCCAAGGCUUAUUUUGAGCACAUCGGAUCUUAUGACGACCAAAUGGAAAUCUGGGGAGGAGAAAACGUAGAAAUGUCUUUCAGGGUCUGGCAAUGUGGUGGACAGUUGGAAAUUAUACCUUGCUCUGUCGUGGGACAUGUUUUCCGUACAAAAAGCCCUCAUUCAUUCCCCAAAGGUACUCAGGUAAUCUCUAGAAACCAGGUCCGGCUUGCUGAGGUCUGGAUGGAUCGAUAUAAGGAGAUAUUUUACCGGAGAAACCAACAGGCAGCAAAAAUGGUGCGAGAGAAAACCUAUGGGGAUCUUUCUGAUCGAUUGAAACUAAAAGAAGAUUUAAGGUGUAAGAACUUUUCAUGGUACCUGGAGACUGUUUAUCCUGAGAUUUUCAUACCUGAUCUGUCACCCACAUACUACGGAGCAAUAAAAAAUGAAGGAACACAAAAUUGUCUCGAUGUUGGUGAAAAUAACCAUGGAGGCAAACCACUCAUAAUGUACCCAUGCCAUGGAAUGGGUGGGAACCAGUACUUUGAAUACACCACUCAGCGUGAACUGCGGCACAAUAUCGGCAAGCAGCUAUGUUUGCGUUCCAAAUAUGGCCCUGGUCAGGUGGAGCUCGGUGAAUGUCAGUACAAAGGAAGAGGGACAACAGUGCCUGGAAAUGAAGAAUGGGAACUGACAAAGGAUCGUCUACUUAGAAACGUGGGCUCAAAUAUGUGCCUAACAUCUCGAGGGGAGCAUCCAUCGACUGCACCAUGCAAUUCAGUAGACCUUCACCAGAGAUGGGGCUUCAGCUAAACCAUUUGAAUAAAGACAGCUGCCAGAGAGUGAAUUACAUUUCAUGCAGUGACUUUUUUUUUAUUCCACUGGACCUUAGACAAGAACAUUUUCUAAAGACCAAAGUAACCAAUUCCCUUUAUUGUUUACCAGGGGACAUUGUGUGUGUUCUGCCACUGUUUUGUUUACUACUAGAAUUGUGCCUUGACAGUUGAGUGGAUUGUAGAAAAUUUACUUACUGUACCUUCUUUAAUUAUUUUUUUUUCCUAAAACCUGCCUAAAGUAGGACUUGGAACUCUAAAGUCUUUGGUUGUUGGAUUGUUUUUUGUUUUUUUCAAAUUGAUGAUUUUAGGGGUUUUAAACCAGCACAUUAUUACUUAUAUAGAGUACAUUUUUUUUUACUUUACACUACACAUUUGCUCGGUUACUUGAUUUAUUCUUGAUCUUGUAAAAUCAUAGAAACUGUCUCGAGAUGAAGACAACUUGACAGGCACUCAUGUUCUAUGUAGCGGUACUCAAGGUUAUCUAUAGUUAACCUGCUGAAUUAGACUCCGACUUGGGGAUGUAAGAUUACCCUAUGAAUGAAGGAACAGCUGCAUCAUGGAUUUUAGGGAAUUUCCACUUUGGCUGUCUUAUUAGUUUUGAACAAGAAAAACCUUAUCAAUAUGUAAUCCUUGCUGUGGGGGAGAGCGCUAAACCAGAGCACAAGAACCAUCGACAAAAAUCCACCUUCAGUAGUGGAUUGAGAACUUUUCAAAAGAGCAAACCUCUUCAAACAAUGUGCCAACUACUGAAAGGCAUGCUACUCUGUGUACCCAAGUCAGCAUUUGCACAUCAUGUCACAAUGAAAAUCUGCUCCAUUAGCCACUGCUUGGGUAACAAACACAGAUUGGUUUUAGCAAACAAUUGUUUUUAAUGUUGUUUUAAAGACUGUUAACAUGUUCUCAAAAACAAAGUGUGUGUAUUUUUGUUAACAUUGAGAAAAAGUAACGGAACACAUGACUGAAUCACUGUGACUCAAAAAAAUCAAUCAAUUUGGCCUUAAGGACUGUGCCUAAAUUAGGCAUUCUCUGAUGCAUAAUUCAUGUUUUGUAUUUAUAUUCUGUCAAUCAAUGUAUACUAAAUGUUAAAAGUAUUGUGGCAACUAGUUACAACACUGGACUAUUGGCGAAAAUAAAAAUUCAUUCAUCCCCA